CCAGUCUGUGCGUUCUGACGCUGUUCAGAAAAGCAUAGAGGCACAUAAGCAGAACGAUAGAGACAACAUGGCACCGUCCUCUGCUUGCACAGUCGUGUACUGGCGCCACCGUGGCGGGUUGGUGUUUCUACUCGUGACGGCGUUUCUGUCUCUCGGAGCUAACGCCGAUCGACCGACUAAGUCGGCAGUCUACUACAUGGACGAUUUGUGUGGAUCGGCGCACACAGCAACCAUCACCGUGGGAGUGGCGGGCCUGGAGUCAGCGGUGGUGCUACGAGCCACUAAGCACCACAUCGACCACGACUUCAACUGCACAGUGAACGUGACCACAAGGGUGGACCGGAGCCUGCUGUAUAGCAUCUCUUUCCUGGACCUGCCCAUGACGUGCCUGUCCUACCUGGAGAUGUGGGCGGACCGACGGGACGCGCAACGCUUCUGCCGCAACGUGGAUGACCCUCGCGGCAAGGAGGCACACUGGGUGACAGCGCCGCAGCUGCAGGUGCAGUUGGUCACGUCUCGCCACGACUGGAACUACGAGCGCAAGGCCUUCGAGAUCGUGCUGACAUCGUACAGGCAGAGCCUUCAUUUCGACGGCUGCUACAAGGGCGAGUACCAGUGUGGCAACAAGUUCUGCAUCUGGCGGGAACUCACUUGCAACAACGAGAACAACUGCGGCGACCUGAGCGACGAGAACUGCAUGUCGAAGACCCUUGCGGUGGCCGUGACCAUCGCUGCUGGAAUCACAGUCGUCGUGCUCAUCUUCGCCUUGAUCGCUUACAUCAGAAAGCGUGCUCAAGGGGUACCACAUGACUUGUCGCGCACCACAAGCUCCCAGUCGGUCCACAGCGCCGGGUCGGGCAUAUCUGGCGCCUACGACACCACCUACCGCCCUCUGGUGGGCAAGAACAUGUUCAUGGAGCCCCUCUUGGAGGUGCCCAGCAUACAGGUCUCCGGCGUUCCCAGCAGAACUUCAUCCGAGGACAACGUGCCGCAGCAGGCCCAGGGCAGCGAGAAGCGACUGAGGCCCUGCAUACGCUACGACCGGUCCGUGUCGAACCCGAUGUGAAAGACUUUUCACACGCAUGUGCAGAACGGAAGACGAGAGUGACGUUGAGUACGGUCUUGUUGGUGGCAACGAAGGCAUGGGCGCAGGAUUGCUUAGGCGUACGAAGUGUUGCCUACAAGGGGGGGGGGGGGGGGAGGAGUGUUGAUGCGAGCUUUUUCCACUUUAAGGCAGAGGACCUCUGCGGUGUCUACUGCUGCGCGGCUGCCAUAUUAGUGCUGACGGCAGUUCAUCGCUCUACGAUGGCGCUGCCGAGACGCGCGAAAUGCGGGCUAAAACUGGCGGCGUGGCGGCACCAGUCCCUUAAAAAAAUGGCAACACCGUAAGGGAGGCGCUCGCAUCGAGGCACACUAGCAGAAGGCUUAUCGCAACAGCCCUCUCCCAUAGCGUAAAGUGUAUUGAACAUAGGGUUCAAAGGGUGUACAACGAGUCGUGUAACGCAAAGGAGAGCUGGAGAAACAUGAAGGCUCGAAUAUGGCCCGUCAUAUGUAUGCUCAGGGUUCCCCUUCAGGGAGGGGGGGGAUGAAGGCCCGUCGCAGCGCAUUUUCCUUAUUAUGUCGAUGAUGGAGCUAACUUUUGCGCCCCCCCCCCCCCCCCGCGUUUAGUGCCCUCCAUUCCCUUUUAUUUCACUGUGUGAGGCUGACUUUGAGCCACUCGCUCUUAGGUGACUAGAAGGGUGGCUGACCUCCUCCCUUCUGGCCCUCCUCAUUCGCACGCCUUUCUGGUACAAUACACUUUAUGGUUACUGUGUAAGUGAGCUUGAGGGAUGCUUGCUUCGACAAGCGUGUAUGCUCUAAUAAACGGUGUUCUCGCAAACCUUCGAGAACACAGAGAGUUCAUUUCUUAAGUUCCCCAAAAGCAAGCUCUCGUUGUUCCCUUAUCACAGUGUUCUAAUGUGAUUGUAGAUGAGUUGGUAUGAUGGCUCGUGAAACACAUUUUCAUACAUGUGGUGAGUAACAUAUUUUUUUAGUAUUGACUCUUCACGGAAUAUUGUAUUCGGCUUCAGCUUGUUUAUAACAACUCUGGGAAUGAAGUUGACAUUUCAGCAUUCUGCGCUAUGAUUUUGCGAAGAACUCGGCGUACGUGCUUCAGUAUAAUAUAAUUUUUAGUCAUUCGGUUCUCAUCUAAAUACGCACCAUGCACCUUUAAAAUUCUUCAAGUAUCAAUUAAGGCAUGACAUCAGCGUGUGAUGCGGUUCACGCAUUCGGCUAUGCUUAUUCAUCGCUUAUUGAUUAACCUUUCAACAUUGACGUGUAUGCCAACGUGGGCUGAAGAAAUGACUCACACUAGUAUUAGAAAAACCAAUGUAGAAAAAAAAAUAAACAAGGUGACAUGCCGCACUAUGCUGAGAGUCGUGCACGUCUGACGUCACUACGUUUUCUUUCACGUCUGAAAAAAAAAUGUCAUUGCAGUUGCAGUGAAAUAGCGGAGCAAAUUGAGCAACAUUAAUUUUUUUUACGAGUAGGUUGGUCACAUUUUUCUUUAGUUGUCCAGGAAGAGUCCUGUAGUACACCAUCUGACCUUUUGUUGAAGUCUCAGACUUAAUGUUCACUUGAAGUUCGUCACAUUAAAAAGCGGAGUGUUUGGAGCA